CACAUGACAACUGGCCCAGACAUUCUCACUGCCAUCCAGAAGACACAGGUGAAGAUUAGACCCAGCCAAGAGGAGUCCCAUGCUGCAGGGUUUGGUCUGGACAUGGACGAGUGCUACCCAGGACUUUACAUCGGUGACCUUGGGUGACAUAGGUGAUGGACGGCAUGCCAGGCAGCCACUCAUACCCAGUUUCUGCUGACAUAAAAAGGGGUGCAGCAAAGAACAAGGCAUACUUGCAAAAAAUGGGAGUCACUCAUGUACUGAACACAGCUCAAGGGAACAAAUUUGCAACUGUGGAUACUGAUGCUUCAUUUUAUGAAAAUGUUGGCAUUAAAUAUAUGGGAAUGAAACUGUUGGACUUUCCAUCUGCCAACAUAGCACAGUAUUUUGAGAGUGGGGCUGACUUCAUUGAGGAAGCACUGAGUGGGGGAGGGAAAAUCCUGGUGCAUUGCUUCAUGGGUAUCUCACGCUCAUCAACAAUAGCAUGUGCUUAUCUCAUGCUGAAGAAGAACAUGACUGCUGUAGAUGCCAUUCAGACCCUGCGCCGGAACAGGGCUAUAUACCCCAAUGACGGGUUCCUCAGGCAGUUGGCUGACCUGGACAACAAACUGAGGAAGGAGCGCAGCCAUCUCUAGCAGCCCCUUCAGCAGCCAACAGAACAAUCCCUUCUGCAGAGAACUAAGGUUGCAAGCAUUAUGGAAAGAGUUCAAGAAAGGAAUUGAUUAAUAUUGGUUUGUUUCAAUGUAAUCUUUGCUGUGGAGUGUCAAAUUAGAUAUAAGGUCCAGUUAUUGGACAAAAUCAAGAGUAAUGAGGAUUAGGACUAUCUUUAAGUCAGUCAGUUUAUGGGAAUAUGUAAUUAAUCAUAGUAGAAAAUGAGAAAGAAAUUGUAUAUUUCCUUAUCAGCUGUAAUAAUGGUUUGUUUAUCCUUAUGUCUCUCUCUCUCUCUCUCUCUCUCUCUCUCUCUCUCUCUCUCUCUCUCUCUCUCUCUCUCUCUCUCUCUCUCUCUCUCUCUCUCUCUCUCUCUCUCUCUCUCUCUCUCUCUCUCUCUCUCUCUCUCUCUCAUUUUGGCAUGCUUUGGGUGAUAUAGAUAUAACCUUUAGUUCUCCGCUGAGAGAAAUUUGGGCCUUGGUGUAAUGUACAGCAUCUGGGUUUCUGAACCAGUGUAUCCCAUUGCAAUACAGCAAAACUGCCAGUGUGUUGGGCCCCUUGAGGUGUGUGCCCUGCUGCAUGGUAUUGUUUCCACCCUCAUUGCCCUCCUCUUAGACUACAUAAACAGAAAUUAGUGACUCAACAGAUGACCCUCAUUUCCUAAUGGCAGAUCAUAAGCAUCAUGAGCCAGGACACUUAAAGUUGUUUUACAAAUACUCCUAACACAUUGUACUGUAACUGAUAUAGUUUUGGAGCCAUAUACUUUAUGAGUGAUUCACAUUGUUUUAUAUACCUAGCUACUACAGGAUCUUCUAUUUUCCAUAUUUUAAAAUAGUAACUAUGUGACUGCAGCCCCACAGUGCAUCACAACUACAACUCAGUGAUAUUACAAUACAGGGACUCAGUACACUGUUUUCUAGGGUUUCAUGUUAUAACUCACACAUAUAGUCUUUAUUUAUUUUUUUGAAAAGGAAUCAAUAAUUAAAUUUAUUGUUAUGUAUUAUAUUUCAAGUUUAUAAAUUCAGGAUAUUCCCACCUCUGUAAUUUUUACAGAGAAAAAUAACCAGUUAAUAGAUGUAACACAUUAGAUUUCAAGUUUCUAAGUAAAUGUAAAGUGUUAAGGAUGUAGUCAACCUUUCACUGAAGGCACAGCACUGAGAAAUAAAAGUUUUGGGUGUCAGCUUUAGUCACUAGACAGCACCUUCCUGAGCUGCACAGUUGUGUGUGGCUUCGUGAUUACAUUUAUGUAAUUUGUGUUCUUUUUAUGGGUAGUUAGUUAUAAAUUAACUCACUUUUUUUUUCCCUCACACUUACCUAUCACUUUCAUAAAAGAAGUAACAUGACACACACACACACACACACACACACACACACACACACACACACACACACACACACA